CUGCAGGAAAACCAAAGUUCUGCCUGUACAUGUAUGUAGAAAUACAGGCUGAGUGCUUCCUAUAGCAGGUGGAAAAGUAUUAGGAUUAAAGGGUAAGAAUAUUGAAGAAAUGCAGAAAGACUACAGUAUAUUGCUACUAGAAGGGACUUUACUUCUCAUGCUGGUCAAAGAACCCUGGGCUUGUCGCAUUACUUUAGAUUCUUCUGUAAUCCAUCUUGGUUCCCCUGUGUUGGCUUCUUGCUCUUCCUAUUGCCCUGAGAUAGGAAAAGGAGUAGUGGUGUGGAAGCUGGACAAUGAUCUUCUGCCUGAGGCUCAGUAUAGGAAUGUUCAGGAAAACACCUCAUCUGUGUAUAUCAGCAGCUUCAACAAGACUUCGGGACUGCUUCAAUGUUAUGUGAAAAACAGUGAAGGACUUCAGUUAAUGGAUGAAAUUCACAUUAGAGCUGGCUAUUCACCAUCUCCACCAACCAACCUGAGCUGUUUAAUGAAACCUUUAGAUAAUAUAGUGACCUGCACAUGGCUACCUGGAGAAGAUUCGCUGUUAACAACCAAUGUUACACUUUCAGGUUCCAGGUCCGUGGAACAGUGCUUGAUACCAUCAAAGAGUGAAUUUAACUGCACUCCUAAAGUGAGACAGAAUUUCUGCAACAUUUCCCGUGGCAACUACCAUUUUAGCAAAAGACUUGCAGUAUGGGUCACUGUAAAAAACGAGCUGGGCUCUGCUACCUCUGCUCCUGUUUGUUUCAUUCCACGAGAAGAAGUGAAGCUUGAUCCCAUAGCGUUUACCGAAAUAAAAGCGACCACUGGAGGCUGUAUUAAACUGCAAUGGACAUAUGGUAAAGCAGGUUUUGUAAAAGAGCUGAAAUGUCAGCUGCGCUACAGAAGUGAAUUUCAAAAAGAAUGGGCCCAGACUGCAGUUGAAUUUUCAGAUGAAACAAGCCACUGUGGACUGUUGAGUGUCACAAAAUACCAUUUCCAGAUUCGCUGCAUUCGUAAAAGUCAAACUGGUCAGUGGAGUGAAUGGGGACCAUCAAGCAGUCAGAUCACAUCUGAAUCAGUUCCUACUGGUACACUUGAGACUUGGUGGAAGAUAUUGGAAACUACAGAGGACAGUGCAAUGAAGAUUCAACUUUUUUGGAAGGCACUAAAAAAAGAGGAAGCCAAUGCCAACCAUAUCUGGUAUAUUUUGAAGGAAUCUACUGAGCUGCUUCAGAAAGAAACUCCAUUAUGCAAUACUAUGGCUCUCAACUGUACAUUCUUUCUUCCUCGUGGGAUAAAGAGGGCAUUUAUCUGGGCUCAGAAUACAGCUGGAGCUUCUCUACUGAAAGAGAUAAUUUUCUUCCCAAAGAAUGGAGAGCCAGUGUCUAGAAUGUAUGUGUCGCCUAAUAAUGAAUACAGUCUACGAGUAGAGUGGGAAGCACAGGUUUCAGCUACAGCCUAUGUGUUGGAGUGGUGUAAAAGUGCUCAGCCGACCAGCUCUGAAAUUCAUUGGAAAACUGAGUUUAAAGGAAGCAACACCUCAAUUCUACAAGACAACAUUGAGCCUUACCAGAUGUACACUGUCACACUGUACCCUGUGUAUAAGGACAGCAUUGGAACACCAAUUCAAACAAAUGUCUAUACCAAAGAAAAAGCUCCAGCCUUUUCACCAGAACUCAAACUGGCCAGUGCUAAUGAGUCCCAAAUAGAGGUGCAGUGGGAGCCAAUUCCUCUGGAGAAACGCAAUGGCUUCAUUACCAGUUAUACUGUUUUUUGGAAAGAUGCACAUGGCAAAGAAGACUUUUCAACACUAAAUGGUUCAGUCACAAGAUUCAAGAUGAAAAAUAUUCUAUCUUUCACAACAUAUGAAGUGCUUUUAAGAAGUUCUACAGCUGGAGGCAGUGUGGACAGUAACAAACUAACGGUCCAUACCACUCACCUGGAUAACACAAACAACACUUUGAUGCUCCUGGUUUUAUCUCCACUUUUAUUGCUGGUGACCAUUCUUGUGUUUAUCAUCUGCUUAUUGAAACAUGAAAGAAUGAAGAAUCAACUCUGGCCUAUAGUUCCAGAUCCAGCAAAAAGCCAAAUGGGAAAAUGGACCUCUUUCAUGGAAGAGACACCUAGGAUAAUGGCUAACCCCACCGAUGUUACUCAGUUCUUAACAAGUGAUAUAGCCAUUGUAGAAGGAUGGCAAGCAAAGAAACCACUUACUGAAAGCCAUGCUAAAGAGACACCUGUCACCAAUACAGAUGAAAUAAAUAAUUGGAGGUCUUAUGUCAAUACAGACGUUGUUCAGUAUGCUCAGGUGAUCACUGGAGGCUACCGUGAACAAAGCCCUCCAACCUCUGUCUAUGUGAGGUCUGACUCCACACAGCCACUUCUGUGUGAUGUGUCUCCCAGUCCCCAAAACUAUGAGAACAUGUGGUUUCACAGCCACCACCAAGAAGAUAAUGUGUUCUUGGUGGAAGAAAAAGAGACAGAUUUCCCUCUUCUCCAAGCUUUGCAGAUCCUUGAGAAUGAAGAAAGCUUCCAUUUGCUUAACUGA